UGAUCCGUCCCGUGCAGAACCAUGAGCAGUAUGAGGGCUCCGGGCACCCUCCGCCAGCACAGCUCCGACAAUAACUCGGUCAGCAGCAGUGAAUGGGACAUGGCCAACGACGUGUUUGUGACCGCCUUCGACGACAACCCGCUGGGAGACGGCGUCCCCGUGGACCGGGACCGGGAGCUUCCGCUCCUCCGGGCGGACUCGCACCGCCUGGCCCAGGAUGACAUGAUGCUGGGCCUGCCUCCGGACCAGUACUCGGGCUCUUCGUAGGACAUUGACCCGAACUACACCGAAAGUGACGGGAACGUCACCGCCAAGAAGCGGAUCCGGUCCAACAGCUCCCGGCACCGGGGGGAGAUCGUCACGGAGCUGGGACCGGAGGAGGUCCGGUUCUACAAGGAGGACAAGCGGACCUGGAAGCCGUUCGUCGGACACGACUCCUUAAAGAUCGAGCUGGUGUACCGGAGGUUCUGUGAGCUGAACCCCGACAAGGUCAAACACCCCACGGAGCCCACCGAGGCGGAGGGCAGGGAGCCGGCCCGGGCCGAAGAGGGCCAGCCGGACAGGGGCACGGAGCGGCGGAGGGGAGCCCGGGAGCCGGAGGAGCUGAGCCUGGCCGUGGAGGCGGUGUGUGUCCGGGGGGGCUACGAGGUGGACAUCAGGGAGAAGGAGUGCUACCUGUACUGGAACCAACAAGAUCGCAUCCCUGUGAUGAGGGGUCAGUGGUUCAUCGAUGGAACGUGGCUUCCACUGGAGGAGGAUGAGAGUGACCUCAUUGAGGUGGAACACCUGGCAUGUUUCCGGGGGCAACAGAUGAGGGACACCUACGAGAUGGAGACAGUGACCACUGUUGUGGACAGCAAAGACGCCAUCCACAGUCUGAAGCUGAGCCGGAGCCACGUGGACUGGCACAGCGUGGACGAGGUCUACCUGUACAGCGACGCCACCACCUCCAAGAUCGCACGCACCGUCACGCAGAAACUCGGCUUCUCUAAAGCCUCCAGCAGUGGGACCCGCCUCCAUCGGGGCUACGUGGAGGAGGCGGCACCUGAGGACACGCCUCCUGAAACCACCCACAUAGUCUUUGUGGUGCAUGGCAUUGGCCAGAAGAUGGACCAGGGCCGCAUUAUUAGGAACACCAGCAUGAUGAGAGACGCUGCCAGGAAGAUGGAGGAGAAGCACUUCUCCAACCGCUCAACCGAGCAUGUGGAGUUCCUUCCAGUGGAGUGGAGGUCCAAGCUGGCCCUGGAUGGAGACACAGUGGACUCCAUCACUCCAGACAAAGUGCGUGGUCUCAGAGACAUGCUCAACAGCAGUGCCAUGGACAUCAUGUACUACACCAGCCCUCUGUACAGAGAUGAGAUCACCAGGGGUCUGACUCUGGAGCUCAACCGCCUCUACUCUCUGUUCUGCUCACGGAACCCAGACUUCGAGAAAAACGGGAAGGUGUCCAUCGUGUCGCACUCGCUGGGCUGCGUCAUCACCUUCGACAUUAUGACGGGAUGGGACCCGGUGCGCUUUCAUCAUCAAGAAGCGCCCGACCCAGAGGAGACCAAGGCUCGCUGGCCUAGUGAUGAUGAGCGCCACCUGCAGGAGCAGCUGAGAAUCACACACCUCAGGCUCAGGGACUUGGAGGAUCAGUUUCAGGGUCUGCAGUCCUCGUCAUGUCUCGCAGUGCCGGCCUUAAAGUUUCAGGUGGAGAAUUUCUUCUGCAUGGGUUCACCUCUGGCUGUUUUCUUGGCGUUGCGUGGGAUCCGGCCUGGGAACAACGGCGUCCAGGACCACAUCCUCCCAACAUCCAUUUGCAAACGUCUCUUUAACAUAUUCCAUCCAACUGACCCUGUGGCGUACAGGUUGGAGCCUCUGAUCUUAAAACACUACAGUAACAUCGCUCCGGUUCAAAUUCACUGGUACAACACCAGCAGCCCCACGCCGUACGAUCAGAUCCGCCCCACCAUGUUACACCCUCUGAAGGAGAGCGCGUCGGUGAGCGACUCAGAGAGCAUCCCCAGCCCCUGCACCUCCCCCCCCCAGACCAGACGGCACUACGGGGAGUCCAUCACCAGCCUGGGGAAGGCCAGCAUCAUGGGUGCUGCGAGUCUUGGGAAGGGAAUCGGCGGAAUUCUGUUUUCCCGUUUUUCCCGUUCCAGUGGCCAAGUGGGCGGAGUGGAGGAGGAGCCAUCAGACUCUGAGGGCGGGGCCUCUGAGGUGGAAGAAGGAACGACAGUGGCUGAAACUGAGGAGAAGGACAAACAGAUGGAGGAGGAGAGAAGGGUGGAGGAGGCAGCGGCGGCCAUGUCCCAGUCCACCUCUGCUGUCAUGGACAACGCCUCCGUGGAACUGGAGCGGCGCAUUGACUUUGAGCUGCCCGAGGGUUUAGUGGAGAGCCGCUACUGGUCUGCGGUCACCUCCCACACGGCGUACUGGUGUUCCUACAACGUGGCUCUGUUCCUCCUCACCUUCAUGUACAGACCACAGGAGCCUCCGGAAGCUGCCGACGACAACCCCAACAUGUCCUAACACAAGUGCACUGUGGGACGGAUGGGCUCAAUUCACUUUCUGUUCACGCUGCUGGACAGUUUUCCAAGUUCACCACAGUUCACAUUUGAACAUUCAGUAGAUACAACAACACCAGAGUGAUCCCAGUGUGGAGUUUAUUUUGACACUUCACAGUUUCCUUACAUGAAAAUACAUUUUGUAUAACAUUAUUGAUUGGAUAUUUUCAUUUGACUUGUGAUUUUAAUAUGAAAUGACUGUUAGAAAUAAACAGCAUGGAAAAUGAAUUGACCCAACACAAACCCAAGCACACACUGUCCCUGAAGUAAACCCCCCCCUUUUACACUGCAGCCUCCCCUGGGACCUGCACAGCAGACUGAGAAGACGCCUGGUGUCCCCCCAGUGUCCCCUCUGGGUCCUCUGUCGGACACACAGCUGUGUCCUUUGACUGGAUCAGUGGACCUCCUGCUGACUUCCUGUUUGACCUCAGAGUCUGCCUGUCCGUCACAGUCAGCCUGUCUGUCACAGUCUGCCUGUCUGUCACAGUCUGCCUGUCCGUCACAGUCUGCCUGUCCGUCACAGUCUGCCUGUCCGUCACAGUCUGCCUGUCUGUCAUAGUCAGCCUGUCUGUCACAGUCAGCCUGUCUGUCACAG